CUACCUCUUUAGAAUCAACUUUUUUGGCCAAACAUUACAUAUUUAUAUAUGGUCACGUAAAUAAUAAUGUUCUUUGUUUUCUUCGAAUGAAACAAUGAAGGAAGAGCCAAAUCAAUCUCAAAUCCACCAACGAAAUGCACCUCAAGCCCUUCCACCAACGGCGGAAAUCAACCACCAAUCUCCGUUACCAGCACCAAUGGAAAACGGCAACCCAAUGGCACCUAUGUAUUAUUGGCCACAUUCCGCCGGCCUUCCUCCUCCUUAUCCUCCACCAGCUUUCAUCAUGGGCCAGGAAUCUAUACACUACCUUAAUCAAAGACAUAGUUGGGCAAUUGGUCUUUUUGAUUGUUUCUCCGAUAUUAAAAUAUGUUUCUUGGUACUUCUUUGCCCAUGUGUUGCAUUUGGAAAGAUUGCGGAAAUUGUUAAUGAAGGGGAAACAAUUUGGAGCGAACCAGGAGCGCUAUAUUGCUUUCUAUACAUAAUACACAUUGGAUUUAUGGAACUCGUGGACUUUAUAUGGUUUUUUCUUUUUCGACAUCAAUGUUUCGGGUCCAUGGGCUAUCAAGGGUGUGUCGUUGGUUUCAUUUUAGCAACUUUCUACAAUGGCCUUUAUCGCACUAAAAUCAGAAGACAGUGGCAUUUGAAAGGAAGCUUGUUGAGCGAUUACUGCAUUCAUCUUUUUUGUCACCAAUGUGCCUUGUGUCAACAAUAUCGUCAACUUGAGCACCAAGGACUAAUUGUUUUUCAAGGAUGGGGGAGAAAUAAGGAAAGGUAUAGACAAGCAAUGGCUACAAUAUAUCCACAAGCACCUCCUGUACAAGAGAUGUCAAGAUAA